UUUUGUAAGAAAUCAGUGAAAUGUUUAGACACACUGGAGAUUGAAGAUAUAGAGAAUAAAAUGAAGCAAACGUCUGGCAGAGUUGGAUUCAAUGAACUCCAGUAGACAGACAAGGUGUCGAGUUCUAAUGUUUAAUUCAUUGAUUCGCAUGACAGCCAAGCUGGUACGCAGAGACCAGUCCUUGAAUUCAAAUUCCGUUUUACGAUCCCACUCGUUUAACAAUAAUUGCUCCAAUUCAUUAACCAAACGACCAUUAACUUCAUGAGCCAAGUUUUAUUGCAAUAAAACGUUGCAAUUUAAGGCAGAGUGAUAAACAAGCUACCAAUUGAUCAAGAUAAUUCUUUCAAAAAUUUUAAUUAAUCAUGACUUGGGAGUUUCAUGUUUAUUUAUUUAUUUAUUAAGAGAUUAGAUGAGAUACCAUGUAAGCACAGACAAAAAUCAACUGAAAGUAGGUAUCUGUUUAAUAAUUCAUUUAAUUAUCAAUAUUCUUGCCUGAUCAACCUUGGCCAAACACAGGUGUCCUUCAGAAAGUAACAGCAGUCGAUUGUUGUCGUUCAUUUAUCUUCUUUCCAGUGUGCUCUGGAGAUUCGAAUGAUAAUCAGAAAAUUGUUUACCAAGAAAGAAUUUCUAUGGCUAACUAGAUAAAGCGAACGAGUACCACCCAUCGAAACGAUUCAUUUUUAUCAAGCCAGACCCCUCUUCAGCCAGAAAGUGAGAUUGGACAACUGGAAAAACUGCGCAGUUCUAUGCCAUUCGAUUAUCAGUAUUAAAUGGCGAUAAAGUCCGCUUCAGAUGGAAGAUAGCCAGAUUAUGCGUGCCUUUAUCAAUUCAAUUAGACAGAUUAAUCAAUGAUGCUGUCAAACAUUCUUCUCUCUAAGCCUGGGUGCCAUCGAUCAAGUGACAACAGUAAAAUUAUGAUGAUAAAUACUUAUGUCACUAUUACCCUUCUUUCACCAUUGCAAUGCCCCAGUGCAGGGGUGUGCAAUUGUUUUGGCUCCAGGGCCACUUUGUGGAAGUGGAUGUUAGCAGAGGGCCACACCUUUUAAAACGAUUGCAUUCAUUAACUUUUCAUUUCAGAAAGGUAUAAAUUGUACCAUAAAAUCAAUAAAUAUGAAUGAAAUAAAACAGUGGCAAUUUUAUUGGAAAUCUGUCUUGGGGGGCCGCAUGUGGCCACCUCUGCCCCAGUGCUACUUUACUUCAUCAGUUAUAUUACCAACGUUUAAAUAAUAGCACAAAUGGAACAGCAGAGACAUUGUUCCUGAGUAAGAGCUGGAUAAAAAGGAAAGAAACAAUGAUGUCUUUUGAUAGCAGACAGCAUGGCACCAACUCUACACCCAUAAAGGAAUAAAUAUCUGGAAUUAGCUGAUUCAAUGCGCAGAAGAUAACAAUGGCGUUAAGAACAACAUCAGAAUAUUCUUUUCUCUAAACGAUAACGAAAUUACCGUCCUGAUAAAUGGAUAAUCGUCUGCUCGUCCGAGCAGCGCCGAUAAAACGAAAGUUGUAGAAUUCCGUGUAGAUAAACGAUACGCCAUGACCGCCGAGGGAAUUAUCGGACGUCCAAGCGAAAGUUUCAGUUACCCUCUCGCGAACUUUAUCCGAUGCGACGAGAAUUGCUCGUGUCAGCCUGGGAAGCAUCUCUCUCGACUGUUAGAAACAUUUUUCUCGUCUCCGUGGCGCGUCGCAAAUAAAAAUCCAUCGACGCGUGCACGUCUCGUUCGUUUGAUCUUCCAUUUAACGCCAGCGAGCAGAACCCUGAUGGUUCCACUUCGUGCAUCGACAAUUUUUCUUCCGACGUGUGACUCGCACGAGAACGUCGUUAGUUUGCAUGCUGUAAACUCUACAGCAGAGAUGAGCAACCUUUUUUUACAACAGGCCAGUUAUUAUAGAAAUUGAAAAAUGUUGUGCGGGUCGCAUGUGAGAAACAUGUGUGAUGUAAUUUGCAUUUGUGUGUUCGUUAGUACUUAAAAAUAUGAAAAUUUCAAAGUCCCAAACUUUUGAACCCGUUGCCAAUGGCACUCAAAAAUGGCACUAUAAAACGAGAUAAUACAAACGCUGAAUGAUGAACUGAAAUCAUCUAUUAACAAAAUAAGUUUAAUUUUUGGAAAUAAUGGCACCAGUGCCUAUCUAUGAUGUCGACGUCAUUUCCAAAAAUUAAGUUAAGAUACCUGGGGUAAAAUAAGGCUGUUGGACACUAGGAAUUUUUCAAAGUUAAGAUGUAAAAUCUUUAAAGGACUCCAUGAGAAAGUGUGCUUUAUGUAUAUGUUAUAUUAGGUGUACAAAUUAAUUCGGUGCCUUCCUUUUUUUAAAUUAAUAUAGUAACUACAAUUAUCGAUUUUUCCAAUUCACAAAAGGGGCGGGAAUAUAUUCGAAUUUAAAAUAGUUCCUGAGAAAGUGUAAUAUUAAAAGUACCGAAUUAAUUUGUACACCUAAUCAAUUUCCAAGUAGAGAUAAGGGUUUCAAAUGUAUUCUAUCUCCUUGCUUCCUUUUUUAAUACGAUUGCCAAGUCAUCCCCCAAUAUUUGAAAGGACUCGACCUUUCGUGUUGGGAUUCGAUCGAGGUGGAGAUAAAUCGUGGCCGAAACGUGCCGAGUCCAUUAUCACCGUUAUCACUAGCCCGCGGUAAUAUCGUUAUCAUCGAUUACCAAAUACUUGCACGUGCUCCACCACUCUUAUGUUUCGAGUGGUUCGUCGAACGCUUCAAAGAUAAUUCUUUCAGCAGUCGCUUUCAACCCUUCAUCUUUCUCUCUCUGAUAAUACCCUCCCUUCGUUUCAUUCAUUCACCUGGUGUAUGGAAUUUUCCCUAUCAAAUGAUAGAAUGUAAAGCUGUUCCAGAGGGAAAGAGAGAACCGGAUGUAAAUUUUGUUUAUUCGCACUCAGGUUAAUUGAAAAUUUUCUUUGGAAUGAACAGUGGAAUUUUUGUUAUCCAACAGAGUUCUUAAUUAGGAAUGGAAAGGAUGCAGGAUCCAAUGAACAAAUUGGCAAUCGCUUUGAUCACCGGAGGCUAGAUGGAACUUUGGUAAAAGGAAAUUUGUACCACAAACAUUUCUCUGUUGAGAGCAACAUCUAUUCAAAGGAACGAGAGCAGAAUUCCUGUAAAACCUCCACCCUUCCCAUACUCGUUAGGAAACAUCAGAGCCCCGUCCAUUUGCCAUCGAUCGAACUUGGAGGCAGCUUUAUUGCACAGCCGGGACGUCGUCGCUAUUUUUCAUCCCGCGGCCAGAAUCGGCGGAAAAGCAACAGUUGGCGGAUCGCCGGAGGAAGGAAGAUAGCAGCAGCGAGCGAGACGACGGUAGAAGUGGAUGCGAUCGGGGGGAAAAGGAUGCAGUGUGAAAAGAGAGAAAGAGAGAGUUGGAAAUCGGACAUGCGUAAGAUCCGACGAUAUAGAGUACCGGGACAAGGCAGUCGCGCUUAAACGGCGCCCGGUGUCGGACGUGCCAACGCGUUCGCGACAGACCAUCGAUCUCUGUAGAUCCGUAGGAAGCCUCGUUCGUUCCGUAGAUCCCUUUAGAACACGUUGAAACAGGAGUCUGUCCGUUGCUAGAAUCCUCCGGGUCUAACCGAAGAGUAUAAGAAGUGUUUGAUUGGAUGUCCUGUUUGAACUACCACAAAGUGCUGCCUGUAAGGACCCUGCUCUGAAUUCAAAGAAGAAAGUUGUCCUUAGAGUUUGGCAAGGAACUGAAGAGACUGCACCUCCUUCUUCAAGAACAGAAUCUUCAGGAGACUGCAAGUGGCUUAUUGAACAUUCUUGUUGACACUGGGUCAGCUAAUAUCUGGAUAAAGAAGUUCCUUCAAGAACAGUUAACUCUCUUCUAAAAUAGUUUCAGCAAAGAAUUAUCGAGUAAACUUAAUGUCAAAAAGACUGCGAGCGAGCUAACUGAAGAGGAUUCGAUAGAAAAACAAACAAAGGACUAUAAAUGGCUGUUUAAACGAUUCUGCGAGCAUAAAAGUAUCAGGUUCCUCUAGUCUGUUCAACAGUUAUUGAGUAUAUCAGUUAGACUCGUUGAGUAUCGAGCUAAUUUGUCAAGAAGGUAAACGACGGUGGAACGCUGGAUUAUCCCGGUUCGCUAAAAGCUAGGCGAGCUUCCGGAGACCCGAACGCGACCCGCGUGACGCGGACAAUCCAAUCCGAUUAACGCUGUUUGCUUUCGCAGCAUCGAAGCAACGUCGAUUGAGCCGGAAAAGCAGAAAAGCCUUCAGGUGACGUCACGCGCUCUGAUCGCAACGAUAGCCAACACUUGAUCCAUCAAGAUAACAAAACUUCUGAACGAUUAGAGGAGCCUUGCGUUCCCCAAAGAAACAAACAAACAGAUUGGCAAGGUGCUUCUAUUCGCGAACAAGAUCAAAAUCAAAACAGACUGCUUGAGAUCGAGCGAGGUUGUUGAAAAGAUUAUUUGUUUAUUUAUUUAUCUCCGAGACUGUUUUGUAUACACUUAAGCUAAUAAUAUUGAUUAAGCUGCGUAUUUUGUUAUUGAUAGGUGUGUGAUUGUUAAGUGUUCAUUGUGCCAGCAAAGAACUCGGUGUAAACCGCAGAGGACAAAAGAUAAUUGAAGAAAACAUUGAGCUGGAAUCGUUGAAUCCUUCAGGGGAGCCAGGGUUUUAAAAAGUACUUUCAACUGCAAUUAGCUGCAAUUUAAAUUGUUCAAAGCAGAGGGCACUAAAGAAUACUUUAAGCCACAAAUUGGAUCCUUUAAAGCAGUAGUGGAGUAUAAGAGAGUGAAAAAAAAUACUUUAACUAGUAAAUUGGAUUUUUUAAAGUCAACCAUAUUCAAGACACUCAGGGAUUCUUCAUCAACUGUUUCAAAGCAAAAGAAUACUUAAAGUUGGAAAUUGGAUUUCCUGAUACAGCUACCAAGUACUGGAGGUUUGAAGAAAAUAUUUUGAAUCAAACUUCCUUGAAUUGCACUUUGCAGAUAUUUCAAUUGACCACUUAAAGAGCAAGGGUGACCAAAGUAAAUUUGAUUUUUGAAAGUCAACUAUAUUCAAGACACUCAGGGAUUCUUCAUCAACUGUUUCAAAGCAAAAAAGGAUUCCCUGGUGCAGCUACCAAGUACUGGAGGUUUGAAGAAAAUAUUUUGAAUCAAACUUCCUUGAAUUGCACUUUGCAAAUAUUUCAAUUGACCACUUAAAGAGCAAGGGUGACCAAAGUAAAUUUGAUUUUUGAAAGUCAACCAUAUUAAAGACACUCAGGGAUUCUUCAUCAACUGUUUCAAAGCAAAAGAAUACUUAAAGCUGCAAAUUGGAUUCCCUGAUGCAGCUACCAAGUACUGGAGAUUUGAAGAAAAUAUUUUGAAUCAAACUUCCUUAAAUUGCACUUUGCAAAUAUUUCAAUUGACCACUUAAAGAGCAAGAGUGGGCAAGUUUCUUUUGAAAUCGUGCAUCGGCAACAACCGGUGGACUGUGUUGUUAAAAUUGAAGCAAGUUUACGAGCAAGCGGAAAUAGCGAACGAUCAGAGGUGGAGAAACGACAGAGAGCAUCGCGUUCCUCUUCUUUGUGACCGAUACGCUUGCGAACGCGUGUAAACAGGUGUCACCGAGCGUUCCGUCGUCGCUUUUACGGACUUUUGAAGAAGCAUCACCGAACGAACGCUGAACGACUUCGCACUCGUUGCCAAGAGACUUUUACUGUCCAUGGGAACUGCAAGCUGCAUGGGAGAUUUUCUGGAACCUCUCUGAACGACCAUUACCAUUAAAGGAUGCAGGCGAUUAAUUUCCAUAUAAAGGUCGCCGGUCACAGCUCGCUAAUCCAAUCAAUUCUUCAAUGGAAAUCCUAUCCCAGAUUUUAAUCCCUUAUCUCACAUACCACAGCGUCCAAAGCAAAUAUCCAGUGUUGGACACACCAGAAACUCCCUCUGAUAACAAAACAAUUCACCUACACUCCACCCACAUCUCUCCACAGAAAUAAACUAACAAGAAUCUACCGACAAGUUCUUCCAACAUUUUCUUACUUCAGAAGGGAAUUAAAAGGACGAAGGGUGAGGAAUCAAGAAGAUAGGAAAGGUUACAAAGCUGGUUUUUAUUGUUAUAAGAUGUGGACAAGUGAGUCAUGGUAUUAAGAGAGAGACCCGCCUUUGUUGGUCGUCGAGGGUAUUAAUUAAAGAGAUGACACAUUGCGGAGAAAAAGCAAUUAAUAGCAGCCGAUGGCGAGUGGUGUCAUCGGCACUUUACUUCAGUCCUGUUGCCUCGUGUGUGCUCACGUGUCACAUAUUGAUCUCGCACUACACCCUAUAAAUGUGUGAUUGUGUGUGUGCGUGACACGGAGUGUUUAUCCCCACGAUUGCGCUAUAAAUUGAGGUGAAUUAAAAAGGGAACGGUAAAGGAUCUCGUGUUUGGUGAAAAUUGCAAACGUUAACACGGAACAGAGACUUUUUUCAAAGGUGGAUCGACAAGCUGUAAUGCAACAAAGUGACAAAAUGGACGCAUACAAGAAUUUCGAUAUCACUAAUUUAACCAACCAGGAUAUCCAGAAACGGAUUUUGAAAAUAAAAGCUGAUCAGUGCCACAAAGGAAACAUUUCAAUGCCGGGAUGGUGUCCAGAGGUAUGGGAUGAAAUAUUGUGCUGGCCAUCGACUGCGCCUGGAGAUCUAGCUAUUUUAUCGUGUCCAUCGUACGUUGCUGGAUUCGAAUUCCAGGCCAACGCGUCCAAACAGUGCAUGCCUGAUGGCCAGUGGUUUUGGAACAACGGGACCAACAGCCUCUGGAGCAAUUACAGCCAGUGUUAUCGAAAUCCAUUAGUAACUUUGGUGAUGAAGCUUCCCGGUGGUCAAGAUAACAACGAUACUCUUAUCAAGAAAUUUGUCCCAAUAGUGAAGACCAUUUCCAAAGUUGGCUACACAGUUUCCUUUUUCACCCUGGUGGUCGCCUUUUUCAUUCUGGCAGUGAUCAAUUUAUCCCGAAUUGGACGUAGGAAAUUGAGGUGUCCUCGUAACAUGCUGCACAUGCACCUUUUCGCCUCGUUCAUGCUGAGGGCGUUCAUGGCACUGCUGAAGGACAUCCUGUUCGUUUCCGGGAUCGCUCUCGCCUCGGACAUGAUGAUCAUAAACGGGGAAACCUACUGGCUGGUCGCCGAGGAAAGCACGUGGAUGUGCAAAGUGUUCAUCAGCUUCUGGCAGUAUUUCAUCCUGGCCAACUACUUCUGGAUAUUAAUGGAGGGGCUGUAUUUGCACAACUUGGUGUUCUUUGCACUCUUCACCGAUGUGAACUCGAGCAUCAUUGGCUAUGUGUGCCUUGGAUGGGGUCUGCCAGCUAUGUUCGUGUCCUGCUGGAUCGUCGCAAGAGUAAUGCUCGACAACAGUUAUUGUUGGACCACCCACGAGUAUCCUUACCUCUUUCUUUUGAUUCGAGUGCCUACCACGUUGUCCAUCCUGAUCAACUUCGUGCUCUUCGUGAACAUAGUCAGAGUGCUUCUACUGAAGCUGAAAUCCACGGUUUCCGAGGAAACACAGAGAUACAAGAGAUGGGCAAAAAGUACUUUGGUGUUGGUGCCACUCUUCGGUGUCCAUUAUACCCUGUUCCUGGGGAUGUCGUACAGUAUCGGUAUGAACGAGACCGUGGAAGUUGUGUGGCUGUUCUGCGACCAGUUAUUCGCAUCUUUCCAGGGCUUUUUCGUAGCUGUGCUGUACUGUUUCCUGAACGGGGAAGUGCGAGCCGAGGUGUCCAGGGCGAUCAGAAGCCAAAGAUUACCCCGCGUCCGUGGCAGGUGGAUCUCCAGACGCUUCACCCACUCGGGAAGUACUUAUAGCUGUAACGGUUCGAAACUUGGCAAACGUUCGAAGCAACCGCGUUGGUGGAAAGACCCGUGGCUCUGCUUCCUUCACGACAGGACCGCUCGGCGAUCAACUCACUCGAUGGCGAGUACACAAGAUAUUGGUACGCGAGGAGGUAGUCUAGCGAGUAGCAGGGGUUAUCUGGAGAUCGCCGGGAACGCGCAGGGUGCACAUCCGGGAAAUGAAAGUCAACAACGAGCGAAUCACACGUCACCUUUGUACAGCAAAUACACGGAUCAAUCGUUACUAUCCUUCUGCUCCAACGUUUCAGAAGCAACACCGUGCACAGGUUCGAACGUGGAGAGGUUCGUACGAGACCAGCAUCGUUGGAGCGACUCAGAGUGCUGUCACCUUGCCUACGAGUUGCACAAUUUGCACCAUGGCCCCCCAUGAAAUUACCCCCGUCGCAGGGGCAAAAUGAUUGACAAGAGUUUUUGAUGGAAACACGUACCACUCGGUUACCCAAUUCAUUGAAAACAGUGCAGAGACUAUGAAAUUUCAGGGAAAGGAUGUUUCAUUUAUAGCACUGCUCAACAGUCUCAUUGACCAAUAUGAAUGUGGGUUAAUUACCUGAUUAAUUUGUUUAAUUGAUCUAAACUUAGAACACGUAUCUACUGAAUCUGAAUUUAAAUGAAUCACCUGACUGUGUGAUUUAAAUUUAUGUUAAUUAUAUGACUACUUAAUCUACAGUAAGAUGGAUUACCUGGCUAGUUUAAUUAAUCUAAAUUCAGAUGAAUCGCCUGACUAUCAGAUCAAUCUAAAAUCAGAUGAAUUACCUGACUACUUAAUUAGUUAUUGAUCAGGUACAAUACGCAUUCGUGAAAGGACAGAACUCGUGUUAAUCGUGACCAUCAAUUCAUUAUCCUCCGUCGUUGAAUACUAAUUAACAGAGAGCAUGAAUAAUACCAUAAACCAGGGGUGGGCAAUUGUUUGGGCUCGGGGGCCACUUUGGGGAGGCGGAGGUUAGCGUAGGGCUGCACUUUUUAAAAUGAUUUUAUUUAUUCGUUAACUUUGCAUUUCAGAAGGGUAUAAAUUCUAUCAUAAAAAUAAAUAAAUAUGAAUUAACCCAUUAACCGCCAAUGUCCCAUUUUUGGGACACAUAUUCAAAUUUUUUUUUAUUUAGAAGUUGCAGUUAUUAAAAGAAAAAAAUGGGACAUUGACGGAUAAUGGGUUAAAUAAAAUAGUGGCAGUUUUAUUGGAAAUCUCGGUUCAAGGCGGAUUUUUCUGUCCUGGCGGGGCACAAAAAUACCCUUAGCGGGCCGCUAUUUGCCCACCCCUGCCAAUAGCAUAAACGGUUCUUCUUUUAUACCAAAACAAUUGCAAUCGUGGAAUCCUGUCAGCAUGUCAUCCGUUUAUUUUUGUACUCAAUUUCUCGAAUCCUGAAACAUUGUACUGGAACCCUCUAAUCCGGAUAUUCAUUAAUUAAUCCAUCCAGAUUAACUGGUUCCAUUCGCGUUUUUAUAUUUCUAAAAAAUAACUAUGUACCUCAAAAGGAUCUCGUUUUUAUGAUGUCCUUCAUUGCCCUCAUUAAUUAGUCCUAAAAUAGUAACAUAACCUUUUGUACGUAAAUAGCAACAUGACGUCGUAUGAUGUAUUAAGUAUUUAUUUGGUGUAAUAUAUUAUCCUUUAUCAUACGUCUGUCACUAACGCCUAGUUACUAUUCUAGGAUUAAAAUUUCUCCGGCAUUUUAAUUUUUCGAGAAAAGGGCAGUUAGGGAAUCCGACGAUCUAGUUACCUGAUAGUCCGAAUUACAAUAGCAUAACCGAGCCGAGACCUCGUUAAAUCGUAGUUAAUUUAUAUAGAUAUUUUUUUCUCGCAAGAAAAUCAGCGUUAAUCCCGUUAAUCCGAAUCGCAUCCAAUUUGUUUGGAUUAACGGGGUCGCGUUGCGCAUCGUUUAUCUCUUUGUACGAGAAUAAUUGCAUUAUCGAUCGCGUCGUACGUGUCGCGUUUAUGCUGUAAAUUUCAAGCAAAUGUGUGUUUCUAUAUACGUGUGGCGUGAAUGAGAUGGCUUGAGGGUGAAAGAAAUAUUCUGUCGGGGUGGAUGUCCACUCGAGUUUGAAACUCGCGCCAGAAGCUCUCGAUAGUCAGUCGACAGUAUUCUAUUUACUCUCGAGUGGAAACCCACCCUUGGGCUUCCUUUUUAUCGAGAGGGAGUGUUGCCUUAAUUGAUCCCUAACCUAGGGGAGGUAGGGUCUGUCUAUAUAGUCGCUUCCAAGAUUGAAGACAAACAGUGGAUAACCCCUCCUCCCAAUUAUUCUUAACCCAAAGAAGCUUACUUUGCAUCCGAGUGCAUUUUAUGGCAGUCGACGUGUUAAUAAUAAUAAUUUCAAUAAUAAGUAUCAGCGAUUGCGUGGAAUGUUCUUGCGUGGAUUCGUCGUCAAUUAAAUACAUAACUGUCGCAUAACAAAAAUGAUAAUGUAACGUACAAACGACACGUGUAUUAUUUAUUAUAGGUAAUUAGAAAGAAAAUGGUGGUCGCAUGUGUUUGAU